CACUCCAUGUGACAUUUUUCCCAGUUCUAGCGCUGUCUACGCUAAAAUCGAGUUCUAAAAGCUGCAAGGUGUUAGUAAUUUUUAGGGGGCAAAGGGCCAGUUACUUGUUGGAAGACCUCCGGUUCGGGACCAGUCAGUUUCAAUUGAGCCAAAAUGGUUAAACUAACGCAAGACCAGUUCGACUUGUACACCUACAAAAACACCGGAAAGUCCGUCUCUGUCCGCAGUUUUACUUGGACAAACCAGAGCCACGUCUCUGUGCAAGUCAUUACUUAUGGGGCCACCAUCACCUCCAUGAAAGUCCCCGACAAGAACGGGGCUAUCAAGGACGUCGUGGGCGGCGGCAGCACGAUUGCCGAGUACCAAAAGGCCGAGGUUUAUUUCGGCGCAACAGUGGGGCGCGUCGCUAACAGGAUUGGAAACGGUCAGUUCAGGCUUUUUGACCAAAUUGUCAAUGUUAGCAAAAAUCUGGGCAAGCACCAGUUGCACGGCGGCUUCGUCGGGUUUGAUAAAGUCAUUUGGGAGUAUUACGUUAGUGGCAACAAGGUAAUAAUGAGUUACCACUCGGCCGAUGGUGAGGAGGGUUACCCUGGCGAUGUGGUGGUCCAUGCCACUUUUGAGCUAACAGAAAACAAUGAAUUUCUGGUCGAGUAUAAGGCCACCACGACCAAACCGACCUUUGUCAAUUUAACAAACCAUUCAUACUUCAAUUUGGCCGGUCAUGACGCUGGGGCUAGCGAGUUAUACAAACAUGUUGUUUGCAUAAACGCGGACCAAAUAACCGAAGUUGACAACGAUAGUAUUCCUACUGGAAAAUUACUGCCGGUGGCCAACACCGUAUUCGACCUCCAAGUCCCCAAAGUCCUCGGCGAUGUCAUCACCAAAGUCCCCAACAGCGACGGGUUCGACCACAAUUUUUGCAUCAACAAGGGCCCCGAACAGGGCACAACAUUCAUCGCAAGAGUUUACCACCCUGAGAGCGGCAGGAUGCUGGAAGUGUACAGCAACCAGCCCGGUGUCCAGUUUUACACCUCAAACUUUUUCCCCGAAAACCCCAAAACAUACAAGGGGGACAAAACCAAACUGGCGACUUUGUCAGGCAAAGGUGCCUCGUACUACAAACACGGGGCCCUCUGUUUGGAGACUCAAAACUGGCCCGAUGCCCCAAACCACGAUAAUUUCCCGAAGUCGAUUUUGGUGCCCGGCGAGACGUACCACCACAACGUGGCGUACAAAUUCUCAGUGAAGAAUUAACAAGGAAUUGUUGUAAUGUAAUCGCUUUAUUAAAAAUCAUGCUUUACAUCAAA